UUUUUUUUUUACAACCCAAUACAUUCCUUUUACCGUAUUCCAAUAUACAUUUUCCAAUUCAUCUUUUAUUUUGUAAAUCAAAACAAUGAAGGUAAACUAUAAACUAUACUAUCUAUAUAAUCCUAAUCCGAUUUCAUUCAGUCAUCAUAUCUAGGCAUUACUACCAUAUGUCUUCUUUUCGUUACAUCAGUUGUUGCUGAGAUGGAUUAUUUUUUGUCACCCGGUCCAAAUGCUUCAUACAAAGUUGGUGAUACUAUUUCGUUUCUAGUCGAAGAUAUGCCUGACGAAGAUGAUCAAAAUGUUGUGGCUAGACUUCAUAAAAAAGCAGAUGGAAGUGUCGUCAAAGAUAUCCAAACAUGGAGUAGUCAAAAUGUCGAUGAAAGUGGUGAAGAAUUCCCAUUCGAUUGGUUGGUGGAUGUAACUGAAGCUGGUGAAUAUUAUGUUGAGAUCAGUGUUGGUAACAAUAUAGAUGACAUCACACAAAGUUAUCCAUUCACCAUUGAAUCUGAUGAUGAAGCCAGUAAUACUGAAGACAAAAACGCUGAUGAUACCGGUUCCGAACAAGCACCUAGUGAAGAAUCAUACCAGGAAAAACCAAAUAAGCCUGAAGAGGAAGAGCCUACAGAAAAGCCUGAAUCAUCAGAAAAGCCUGAAUCAUCAGAAAAGCCUGAAUCAUCAUCAUCUAACGACAAAGCAGACAAAAACAAAAAAAAGAAGUUGAGUCUUCACAACACACAUUCCAAAGUUGCCCAUAUUUCAUCCCAUAAUGAUAUCGACACUGUAUCCGAACCAUCAUCCGCACCCAAAGUUCCCCAACAGGCAUAUUCUGAAAAGAAAUUAUCUGAUGAUGACACCGCUAACAAGAAGUUACCUGCUGUUGAUACCGUGAAAGCCGUAGCUGAUUCUGUGACAUCCAAAUUGCCGCUUGGUCAACAAAAAGAAGAAGAAGAACCUUUGAUGCCAGAAACAAGUUCAUCUGCCAAUAUGAAAGAAUUGAUGGCUGCUGAUAAUAUCGCCGUUGAAGAAGAAAAGAAAUGGAUUGCCCAACAACAACAACAACAACAAAAGGACUCCGUCAAACCAUCCAAGGCUGCUGAUACACCAUCUAAAGCCAAGGUUGCCGAUAAACCAUCCAAAGCCAAGGUUGCUGAUAAACCAUCCAAAGCCAAGGUUGCUGAUACAUCUGCCAAACAAAAGAGUGUCACUAAUGACAAAAAAAAAGAAUCAGCACCUACUACCAAACAUCAAAAAACCGUCAAAUUACCUAGUAGCAAAACAGUAGCUGAUGAUUGGAAAUCCAAGGCAAAAGAAUACAAAGAUAAGAUCAAAGCCCAAGCCAAGUCGGUAGUCGAUGAUACAAAGAAGCAACAACAACAGGAAAUCGAACGUCAAAAACUGAGCUUGCAAGAACAAGAAGCAUUGGAUGAUAAGGCGACUAAAAGUAUCAAGGCUAGUCAAACUAAGAAUGCUGAAUCAUCUGUCAAGUCCAAGAAAGUCACCAAGCAAAAACGUGAAGCCUAUCGACAAGUAUUAAGAAACCGUGCCAAGUUUGCUAAACCAGGUCUACAAUAGAGUUAGUGAAUUUUGUUAGUUUCCUUUUUUUUUUUUUCUGUUUCUCUGUGUGUUUGUUUCUAUUUGUUUGUUUGAUAGAUAAUCUUCUUAUACUAUUUAUUCCCAUUCCAAUCCUUUCUUUUUUUUUUAUUAUUAUUUUAUUUUACUUACCUAGUAUUAUAUGAAUACCACUU